GAAAAAUGGGAGAGAGCUCACCGGAUCUAAGCCUUCGGCUACGCCGAGGAAGCUCCGACUCCAGGGAUUCAUUUUACAUGGACUUCGCCCAGGGCAUAGAUUCGGACAUCGAGGAGGUAUCCAGGCCGACGGAUAAUCUCGAUGCUCUCAUAGCAGAAUCUCUGGAGGAAAAUGGCAACGACACUUUGCCUAUGGUCGCCGAGGAUAUACCGACGAUACCGGAGGAGGCAUCUGAAGAGCUGAGGCUCGAGGAGGAAGCCGACGCCCUUGAAGCCGCCCUCACCAGUGCCAACGAAGCGUCCGGUAUAAAGAGAGAGAAGGAUAAAAUUACCAUCGAUUGGCCAGGACUACCGGCGGCUCUGCCCUCGCCCGCUUCACCCUCGGCGGUAAUCGUCUCGCCGGAGACACUGUCGAGGCACAGUAGCAGCUCACCCUCGAGGAACAAUCGCCAGCCGCAGUAUGUGCUGGCCCUACCUUGCCCAACACAACCUAUACCGGCUGUCUGCUACCCGGCACCUAACUAUCUCGAGCUUGAGGUUACCACUGACAGGAAUUGGAAGCACCUCGGCUGCGAUGCUUUCGCGACGACGCUCAGCGCCCUUUAUGGAAAGCUUCUGGUCGUCAUGGGCAUCGCCUUCCCCAUGGCGGAAGUCAUUUCUACGUACAUCCCGCCCUCGUUCUACGAAGCCUUCUACCUCUACCUUUACAUCGGCAGUAUGGUAUUUCUGCUUGUCAUGUAUGCCACUAUGUGCGGUGACAGCAAGUCGAAGAAAAAAAAAACGAAAGACGCGAGUGACCUGGACUCUUCGCAAUCAUCCAGCGGCGUAGGCGCUGACAGCGACGCUCCCGACGCCGGAUGUCCGCACAUCGCCGCUGCCAGACCAGCCCAACACUACGGAAGCUUUUACCUACGUAUGGGGGCUGUCGCCUUCGGCAUCGGCUCCAUGAUCUACUCGGGCCUCGAAUUUGGCCAAUACUUCGAACUCGAACGCAAUACCAAUUGCCAUAAUAUUAUGCUCGCCCUCACACCAGCUACUCGCAUGGCCUUCAUUUUUAUCCAGAUGUACUUCAUCUUUCUCAAUGAUAAGCAAAUGAAAGUUUACAAUCACAGAGUUCUUGCACGAUUUGGACUGAUGCAUAUGAUUGGCACGAAUCUUUCUGUCUGGUUAAAUGUAUUAGUGCAGGAGACCAAACACGAGAUUCUCACAUUUUAUAAUCCAGAAAACAACUCGUUGAGGAUCUCACAUAGAUUAGGAACGAAAGCUGGACACUUACACCUCGGUGGUCACAGCCACGGUCAUCAUGGAGAUCAACACGCGCAGCAAACGAGAUUACCACGUGGCCUAAAGGGACCCCAUCACAUGUUCGAAUGUCGACGUACCAACAUUAUGGGCUCGCUCGUUCAAGAUGCCAGUCCCUUCCUCUUUCGCUGCACCAUCGAAUACAGCCUCAUCUGUGCUGCCAUACUCUACGUUAUGUGGAAGAAUAUAUCCAAGGCGACAGCUAAGAAGCCCGCGACACCACCAGCUCGCCAUCACACUCAUGCUUAUAGGAGAUCGCCACAUCAUUACAGCGUUGACUGCGCGCGGGCGCAUAAAGGACUGUUCCUAGGCAUCUUGAUACUCGUUCUCACCAUCAUCUCCCUAAUUCUCUUCUUCGUUCUAACUUCUCGGCCGGAGCUCGUGAAUCUCGCCGUGACCGAAGUUAAUAUUUGCGAAUUGACGCUUUACGGCAUGUCAACCCUGGCCACCCUCAUCGGCAUGUGCCAAAUGCGAAGACUACGAUACGACGGCAGCCGCAACCUUGAGCUCGAUAAUAUCUUAUUGGUAGCUGCGCAGACCGGCAUGUUUAUAUACUCGACUUUCACGAUAAUUGGUAGCCACUUCACCCUCGAGAAGCACACCAUCUUAGUUAUGAUAACGGCACUGGCCAGCGUCGUUCAAACAACCUGCCAGACAAUUUUUAUAUUGGACGCAUCGAGACGCUCAGUCGCCACGGCAGACCAAAUACGCCAUAAGCCAGGACGGGAAAUCGUCACAUUCUUACUGGUUACAAAUUUAGCCAUGUGGGCAAUAAAUACAUUGGAAAAGUCAAGAGCUGAGUCACAUCCAGUGCAAUUGCACUUUUAUGGGCUAUGGGCAUGGACCAUCAUAACCCAUGUCUCAAUGCCUCUCGCUAUAUUCUACAGGUUUCACAGCACAGUGUGCUUAUGCGAGGUUUGGAAGAAGGCUUACAAGGUGAAACCAACUUACAUGUGACGCAAGGGAUCGUCCGAGGCGUCGAGGAAGAGAAAACAGCGCUCGGUCUCGAGCAAGACCUGCUUGGUGCAGCGGCCGAGCAAUUUGCCAGCGAGACUCGAGUGCAUCGCCGAGAACGAUCCUACGUACUUCAUAUGAUCGCUUACCCUCACGAAACUCCAGCAGAUCGCCGCUCAGCGAGUCCCUCCCCGCAGAUCGAUACUCAUCCUCCGGGACGAGCUCUGAGCUCUCCUUGCCCGUAAUACAAGAGGCUAUUCUCCGCUCGACCUUCCCAAGCUUCAUUCUCAGAAAGAUACUUGUACUUUAAUGCAAAGCUU